AUGUCUGCAGAAUAUGAUGUACAUGCGGAGACGGAAAGCGAGGAUGGAGGAGUACCGUUGGCGAAGGUAAAGUCUGAUGAAAUAGACAUAGACACUGGAUCGGACACGACGCCUACCUCGCAAGAAUCCGGUGGAUCUUCUUCCUCGUCAACGAAUGCAUGGGGCGAGACGCUCCCUUUGUCCUUCGGUGAACUCACCGAGCAUGAGGAUCACACCGCCGAAUAUCAACAUACUCCAGCUUCCUUGAAUGGCAUCUUCCAUGGCUCGGUGACUCCGCCUUUCAGUGUACCACAAGCUGCUUUGAGCACGACAUCGCCUCCGAUCUCCGAGACACCACACAACCUUGAGACUAGCUUCACGGUCGUCGAUGCGGGGUCUAGCGUACUAGACACAGUCCAGUAUCUUCAUUCGACCAAUGGAGAUUCGCAUGAAGAAUGGGCGGAUCAACCAAAUUGGUCGGCGUUCGACUUCUUACUGUCCAAUGAAAUGCAACCACCCGACCCGUUAUCAACACACAUUUGGUCUGCACCUCUUCCAGCAUCUACCGAUCCUCUGCCCGCAGGCGCGGACGACGUCACCCCGAUAGAGCAUUCAGAGCCACCAGCGGGUACUUCUGGGGAUGAGACAGCACAGGGCGCCAAUCAAAAUUUUACAGGAGAUCAUCCCAUCUCAGCUGGAAUGGAUCAUACUGAUGGCUCAGACGAGGACUGGCUGGAGCUGUCCGAGGACCCGUACAACAUUUUCGACUCUGAUAUCGCUCAAGUUAACGGCACAUUACACACAUUGAGCCAGGCAAGCAAUAUGGUCUCUUACUAUGAUAAUGACGAUCUUGAAGAUAACAGCAAUUUCUUUUCGGUGUCGUUCUUCUUAUAUUAUUGGAAGCAGAUGUACAUGAACAGGAAGCCUGAUUACCCACCCAUAAGCCAGCUCGCAAAUGACCGUGCAAAGGUACGGCGACCUGACAAGACCACCGCUAACGACCGAGAACAAGGCGACUAUCAAGGCAUACAUUGGUCCAGAUAUCAGACAACCAAGCAAGAAGCUCGAGAAGUGCGAAGGAUGACCUACAGGAAUUUGAGAAACAUCGGCCCCCCUGAACAAAACUUUGCUACCAAAGCGUUCAAAGCAAAUUUUCCUGGUGCCGUCAUUCCUAGUUCAGCUUGCUACUUUGAUUUCAACCAAAUGGACAUGAAGAGGAGACCAGACUUCUCCCAUUUUCAACUCCGGCACAACCUGUCUGCUACCUCGAAGAAUGCCGUUUUCUACACCAAUAUGCCUCCACACCAUGAUGCCGUUUCGGUCUGGGAUGUCCGGAAAUCACAACAUAAGACAAUUUCGUGUUUCAAUCCAGAGACUGGGACAGAAGAAUGUGUCAUGGACGUCAAGAAGAGAUACAACAAGGAUGAUCCGAAGAUCAGCAAGAUUCACACUCUGACAGCUGGAAAUGGGGUGCUGGUAGCUGGAAGCUUCGAAGGAACCUAUGCCAUGAAGUCUCUAUCAGCCGAUUUCGAAAGCGCACCCGUCACUGGCACAAUUGCUACUGGUGGCGAUGUGAGCACGAACCACGUUCAUACUCAUCUCGACCGUCAAAGUGGACUGCCUCGAGUGGUAUUUGAUUCUAACGACAUGAGUGUAAGAAUCCUGGACUGUACUACAAGCAAUUGGGUCACAUGCCACAAGUACCCCUAUCAAGUCAAUUGCUCAGUCACAAGCCCUGACGGACGUCUAAGGCUGCUCAACGGUGACGACUGCAUGCCCAUCAUUGCGAAUGCGGAGACUGGGGAGACGCUCGCCAAGCUACCAGGUCACAAUGAUUUUGGCUUUGCAUGCGAUUGGGCAGCAGAUGGUAUCACAAUGGCAACAGGUCAUCAAGACGGCCUAGUGAAGGUUUGGGAUGCUCGCAAAUUAAAUCAAUCCAUCCAAACCAUAGCCAUGGAACAGGCGGGCUGUCGGUCCUUGCAGUUCUCGCCACUUGGAAGCGGCAAGCGCGUGCUUGUGCUGGCUGAACCCGCUGACUUUGUUCACAUUGUUGAUGCUCAGACUUUCAAAAGCAAGCAGACCGUUGAAUUCUUCGGUGAAAUCUCUGGGAUCUCCAUGCCACCGGAUGGAUCGAAGUUGUACAUUGCCAACGCUGAUGCCAAGUAUGGUGGGCUUAUGGAGUUUGAAAGGUCCUGGGACAGCAGAGAAUACAACAUACGGCCAUUCCGAGUCCCAGACCUUGAGGAUGAGCACGAGGAGAUGGUAGACUGCAUCGUGGAUGGGGUGCCGCCAGCGCAACGGUUGCCAAAACUUGGAGACCAGCUCUACCAGCAUGUGGAACCAGUCAUGCAUGGACAGGGCUUGCCUUUCGUUGCUCAACCGAUGAUUGAGGACACCAUCAUUGAUUGCCAACGCCUGUUCUUCAGAUGCUUAAACAUGGGUGGCGGUCAAAGAGUCACGGCAUCAGGAGAAUGGUCGACCGUUGCGCGGACGUUGGGCAUUCCCUGGGAAGAAGCUGUGUCUUUCGGGCAACAGCUCUAUGAAUAUUGGCAAGAUAAUCUCGCGCCAUAUGAAACGUCCCUGCCCUUUGCGCCCAUGAUGCAGGAAUGGCAGCGAGCGACUGGAAGGGAAGUCAGGGGAAGGGUCGCGAGCCAGGGAGUACGUGGAAGUGAAGCCUUGAAACAGCAAAUGUUUUUGCAUUGUGGCGAAGAGCGCCAGUAUCGCAGAGAUUACGACGAUCCUAGAAGAAAAGACUUCAAGAUCGGUAGGAAGAGUGAGAAUCUGGACUGGCUGUCCGAGUCGGAUAUGGAGGAUGAUGCUCGGGUGAUGCUUCCUCAGGGGCAGCGUGGGCGUCAAUGGGCGUGGAGGCCUGAGGUUGAUGAUGAUGGUUUGCCGGUUUGGUUGAAGAUAUGA